AUGUUGCCACAACAAUCUCAUCAUCACGCUUACCCCCAACAUCAACAAUCCAACUACAACUUGGCUCCGAGCUAUUACCAUCAUGCUGGAUCUGAUCAGGCCAUGAUGAUGAAUCCACAACAAGAACAACAACAACAGAUUAAAGAUCAAAUGAUGAAUCAACAAUUUCUCGAGCAACAACAGAAUUAUAUGAUGGACCAACAAGAAGAUUAUGCAACUCAGCAACAAUUAUUUAUGCAGGCACAACAAGUCAAUCGUGAACAAGUUCCUUUUGCCAAUUUACAAAUGGAAUAUGUUCAAUAUUCGGUGAAUGGAAACACCUUCAGCUUACCAAAGCGAUAUACAAUGGACGGAGUCAAGGGUUCUGGUGGAUUUGGUUGUGUAGUUUCGGCAGUGGACAAUAAAAACAACGAAAGAGUGGCCAUCAAGAAAGUAUCAAGCUUGUGGGAAAGAGACAGGAAUUACCAGAAACGAAUAUUGAGAGAAAUCAAGAUUCUAAAACAUUUUAGUAUUCACCAUGCACACAAUGUUGUGAUACUGAAGGACUUGUUUUUUGAUCCCUAUCAGCCCGGAAGUAUUUACAUUGUUACUAACCUGAUGGAUUUUGAUUUGGAAAAGUUGCUAUCGAGCAAUCAAACAUUUAGUGAGCAAUCUAUUCAGUAUUUCCUUCAUGAAAUUCUCAAAGCUGUAAACAUCAUGCACAGCAGUAAUAUUAUUCAUAGGGAUUUAAAGGGUAUGUAUUUUAUUUUGGAAUCUCAGAUUUAUUCAUUUUUGGAUAAUAUUAAUAUACCAAGCAACAUUCUGUUAAAUAGAGAUUUGGAUUUGCAAAUUUGUGACUUUGGCUUAAGUAGAGCUAUUGGUCAAGAUUAUCCUGAAGAUUCCAAAUAUGUUGUUACCAGGUGGUAUAGAAGUCCUGAAGUGAUUCUUUAUUGGAACAAACUUCAUGCAGCUAUGGAUAUGUGGUCAAUUGGCUGUAUAUUCGCUGAAUUACUUGUAAAACCACUUCACAAGAAUGGAAGACCCAUCUUAUUUCCAGGAAAAGACUUUAAAGAUCAACUGGAGUUAAUUCUACGACUGAUUGGAACACCAAGUAAUGAAGAAGUGAGAGGAUGUAGUGAGGGAAUUAAGUUCCUUAGAACUAGCUUCAAACAACAUUACGAAAAGAAAAACUUUUCUCAAGUAUUUUCACAUGUCACAAAUCCCCUCGCUAUUGAUUUGCUCGAAAGAAUGUUGACAUGGGACCCUGAAAAGCGAAUUACUGUUCAAGAUGCCUUGAAACAUCCUUACCUGAAAGAAAUGUUUGAUCCAGAUGAAUUUAAUUUAGAUCCAUCCUGUAAUGAGAACAGCUACUUUUGCAAAGCUAGAUUUGAUUACCAGUUCAGUGAAGACAUCAAAACGGAAGACAUUAAGGUUUUAGUAGAAGCAGAAGUUGAAAGUUUCCAGCAAUACAUUAUGCAACAACAACAUCAAACACACAUGAUGGAUGAUCAUCACUAG